UGAGUUUUCAUUCCCUACAAAUACCCUCUUCCCCUUCCCCUCUUUCUCUGCUAAGCCCCAUCAGCUUCAGCCUUCACUCAAUUCCAUCUUCUUCUUCUUCUUCCUCUUCGGACUCUGUUCCAGCUAUGAAGACUCUGUUCCAUGACUACAAAACCCUUCAAAAACAGGGCAUCCUCACCGCUCUCCCUUCCUCGGAUCUCCAAUUCCCCACACUCCCACCGCCUUCCCUGAGAAGAACCCUCUCCGCCGACAUGUCCUCCUCCAAGUGCUUCUCCGCCAUCAAGAGGGUUGCUUCUUCCCUAGCAUUCUCUCUUCCUCCUUAUUCUUCUUCUUCUUCUUCUUCUUCUUCUUCUUCUUCUUCUGAAGACGAACAGGACUGUGACGAAACCUUUGGGUUUUGGGGCUCUGCUCAUGAAGAACAGAGGAAGAACAGAACAGAGUGUCAAAAACAGGGGAAUAAUGAUGAUGAUGAUUCCUGGAACUCAAUUCUGUUUCAGAACUCUGCUCCCAAAUCGCCUGUUGUUCCUUAUGUUCAUCCUCAUCUCCAAAAAUCAGCUCACUCUCUCAGUGAAAACAGUCUUCUAAUUUGCACUGAGAGUCUUGGAUCCGAGACUGGCUCCGAUGGCUUCUCUUCCUACCCUUCUUCAGAGUUUGGAGACUUCGACGGAGAUACGACGGAAACAGAUUACCCCGACAUACAGACAUUUCAAUGGAAGCCCAUCAAAUUCGGUCGCAAGAAAUCGCCGCCGAGGUCUUUUCCCCCGCCGAUUUCUUCUCUCUGUUCCCCCGACGGCGCCUCCGUCUGCAUUCAGUCCCGCCGGGAAAAUGGGCGAUUAAUUCUCGACGCCGUCUCUGUUCCUUCAAAGAAGAACUUCCGUGCCGAUCGUCGAGAUGGCCGUCUCGUUCUCUCUUUUGUUACAACUCCGGCGAAUUUAUUGGUUGAAGAAUCGAAAAUUGUAGAAGAGAGAGACGAUUUGGAAGCCGACGAAUCGGAAAUCCCGAUGGAUGAGGUUGCGAGAUUGUCGAGCUCUGUUAUGAACUUCCAUCGAUUAGCAAUGAUGAUGAAGAAGCCAAAUGGAUUCAUCAAUCGGAAUCCAGCAUGGCCAAAGCAAAAAGAUUCUCCAGAGGCACUAACCCCACUAUCACAGUCACUUCCGCCACGUCCUCCGUCGCUCACGGCGGCGACAGCAGCGACUUCUCUGAAUGCAUACGAGUACUACUGGCGAUCGAAACCAACCGGAAAAUCGGCCGGAAUUCAAAACCUAAAGAGCCAACAACAAAUUCAACCCAUCCAGAGCAUAACCCGCAAAUUUAUCUCUUCAAACAAUCAAAUGGCGGAUGAGAAACAGCAAAUUCUUAACUAUUUGGUUCCAUUGUCGAAUGGAUGUAAAAUUCCCAGAAGGUCUGUUCUUCUCCGGGAGCCCUGCUGCAUUGCCACCACCUAAGCCACCGCCGCCGAUGACCGGAAAAACCCAUACCCUAAUCUCUUUACAUAUUAAUUCUGAAUUGUUAAAUCUCAGCCAUUUCUUUCCUACUCACCCAGAAAAGCAAUAACAGAGAGGCUAUCGAAGAAGACGAUAGAGAAUUAUCUGAAAUUAGCAAUUAGAAAUUAGAAAAAUCUAAAGAAAAGAAAAGAAAAGAAAAGAAAAGAAAAUAGUGUACAUUACGAUCCCAUUUAAAAAGUGUCGGCGAUCUCUCAAAGCUGAAGAAAAUCAGAGGCCGAUCUUUGACCCACUGGACUGUCCUGUCCUGUCCUGUCCUGUCUGUUCUUUCUAUUUUUUGGCUUCGCUAUUAUCUAACCAAUGGGUUUCAUAUGCUUCCACUGAAUCAAUUACUCUUCCAUUUUUGCAA